AUGGUUCUCAUAGAAUUAUUUAAAGUUAAUAUUAAUGAUUGUGAUCGAACUGUUUUAAAUAAACUAUGUGUUAAUCAUAUAAUUUUUAUUGGACUUUUUGCUGCUGAUACUAUUCAUGAAGUUAAAUCUACGAGAAAUCAUUUAAUCACUGUUCCUGCAUUAUCACCACAAUUCCGUAAUAAUGCUUCCACAAGUGUAUUAUUAGCAUCAGCAGAACAAAAUCAUCAUCAAUUACAACAAUAUCGUCUAUCCGCAAAUGAAAUUCAACAAUAUUAUCCACUAGAUGGAAAUAAUGCAAAUACUGUUGAUUCUUCAAAUGAUUCACGUUUAACAUUAAGUGGUAUAAGAAAUGGUUUUCGACCAUCAACAGUACGUCAUCAAAAAUUUCGUUUAACAACAGCUACAGCACAACGAAAUAAUAUUCAAUAUGAAAAUAAAGAUUCACCACCAAAAUCAGCAUUUGUUCAAUCACAUGCUUCAGCUAAAUUAAAAUCUGAAAUCGAUCAUAUUAGUAGUAAAUUAAGAAAACAUGGAGAAUCAACUGCAAGCCUUCGUUUUCAAAAUAAUCGAGAUUUGGAUUGUACUCCACAAAGUGAUUUUUCCUAUUCAACAUCAUGUCGUCUGUCUUCUGCAUCAACUACUUAUACAGCUGAUCGUAUUCAUCAACGCUUUUCAUCAGCUAUAACCAACGUUUCGGCAAAUAUAGCUUCAACACUGCCCGUUAUAAAUGAUACAUCUAAUCAAACUUCACAAAUUAUUUCGGGUAUUGCUCCAACAUCACCACGGCCACCUGUACUGCAUGAAACAGAUGAUAACCAAAAAGAUACAAUAGAUUAUCGAACAACUCAUGCUUAUCAGGUUCCACAGCAAUCAAAUGUUGGCAGUGAAAGUAUCUUUCUACCUGAUGCACCAAUAGUCCCACCAAUGAACGUACGGUCAGCUAAAUAUGAUCGUCGUCAAAAUGAGUCUAAAUCGGUUUCGUGUCCAUUCUAUGUUAUGUAUUUAACAAAUUUAACAAUGCAACAACGACAAAAUAAAACUGACAAUAAUAGCAAUAAUAAUAAUAAUAAUAAUAAUAAUAAUAAUAAUAAUAAUAGCGUACAUGAUGUAACACCAUUGGGAAUGUCAUCAAUGGCACGUAAAGUACCAUUUAAUUCACGUAUAAGUACAGCUCAUGUAAAAAAUCAAUCAGUUCGACGACAAGUCAAUAGUCCAAUCAGUAUGAAUACUUAUUCAACUAUAGAAGAUGAAGAUUAUAUGACAAUGUCAACAUCAUUUCAUAAUAAUAAACGUUUAUCAGCUAAAGUGUCUAACAGUGAAAAUGAAAAUUUUCAUAUGUUACGAGAUAUUCUCCGGACUUCAUCAUGGAAUCAUGUACAAGUAUAA